CGGCAGCAGCAGCAGCUUUUCACUGAGGAGAUCCAGCGAUUUUUUUGGAUAAUAGACCCGUUUAUUCUUUAAUAUUUACUGUUUUAUUAACUGUAUUGUGUUUUAAUUAUUAUAUUAUUGUUAUAUUACUUGUAUUUUCUGUUAUUAAUCACACAUAUUUUGUUUUUCAGGUGUCGAAACCGGUGUGGGUAUACUGACACCCCGCGGUCAGACAUGGAGUUUUGGCGGAGUGAAGACUAUCUUCUGGAGGGGGCUUCCGGUGGGUCAGGAGACCAGUUCAUCCUCCUGCCUUUUUGCGGCACUGCGGAGCUGAGGGACUCCUGUCUGCAGUGGCAGGGUGAGGGUCCAGACCCCUGGAUGGAGCUCAGGAGGGUUCAGCACGAGUUCCUCGAGGGGAAGUUGAGGGCCCUCAUCCAGAAGGUGGAGUCUCACUGCGCAUGCAACCCCCCCAUUCUCCUGCCUUUUUGCGGCACUGAGGAGCUGAGGGACACCUGUCUGCAGUGGCAGGGUGAGGGUCCAGACCCCUGGAAGGAGCUCAGGAGGGUUCAGCACGAGUUCCUCGAGGGGAAGUUGAGGGCCUUCAUCGAGAAGCUUUCCUCGCCCAGGCGGCAUGGUGGGAGAGUCCUGGUGCCAGUAAUGGAGGCAGCCCCCGCCCACAGGCUGGACUCUACUAAGCCUGAUGUCCCAGGUCCAGUUGCACAGGCUUUGUGUGACUCGGACCACGUGGAGGACAAUGGCAGAGAGAAGAUGUUGGAGCCACCUCCUAAAAUACAGUGCCAAGAAGCUCCAGCUCCAGAACUCACCACCACCUCUCAUCCACAGCCAUCCAGCCAGGGAGACACUGCACCAUCACUUACCACUAACACAAAGAGCAGAUCCCUCAAACUCCUUGCCACUAACUUAAAGACCUCCAUUGUGUGUCGUUCCAGGUCUUCUCGCCGCGUCCUGGUGCAGGUUCUAGAGGCGGAACCAACUCACAGGCUGGACCUUCAGGGCACAAAGCCUGAAUUGGAGCCAGUGCCAGCUGCACAGGACGAGGACGACCUGGAGGUCCUGGAGGUGGAGGAUCACAGGCCGGGCUGUGAUGAGCGAAGGGAGACAGCUCCGAAAAGAAAGACAGGAUGGCUACAGCACCUGCUCAGCUGCUUCAGGUGGACAGCAAGAAAGAGCUGAAAAGGUGGUCUGUAGAGGAUCUGGCUGUAGAGCUCUUAAACACUAUGCACACAUACAUACCUACAUACAUACCUACAUAUAUACAUACAUUUAAUAGUGUAAUAGAAUUUAAUAGUGGUAUGGAGGUCAUGGGUAAUAUUCUGUGAUAUCCUAUGUCGUGAGCUUGGAGGGGGGUGAGUCUGGGAUGCCAGAUUUCACUGCUGAGUCUUCCUGAGGUGUUCAGCGUAACGCUUAUGAAGGGAGGUACUCAGCGGAUGACCCCUGUGAAGAGCUUGAGGCGUAGUGAAGGAUCAGUGUAGGAGAAGUGAAGGGUGGGUGUUUCGUGUUUGGGAUAAAUGCUGCUGAUUGGAUGGUAAAUGGCCACAGCAGCGUAGUUGAUAGGUGUAUGAGUUUAUGGUUCUCAUGUAGUGUAAUAUAAGUGAGUAAGAGUAGAGUAUAGGGGAAGUGAAUGGGCGGGGCUGUAGAUUUAACCACAGUUGCAUUAGUUACAUAGAUACAGAGAUAGGAGAAGGAUUCACAUAGAAAAACACAAACACUCAUACAUACACAAACACACACAAACACACAUACACAAACACACUAAUACACUCACACACACACAAUUUCAAACAAACACACAUAUAUACACACAUGCACAUGCGUACACACACAUACAUUUACAAAGACACAUUAAUACACACACAGUUUCAAACACAUACAUACACAAACACACACAAUUUCAAAUACACAUACACAACUGUUUUUGUCUUUAUAUGCAUGUAUGUAUGCAUGUGUGUAUGUAUGUCAGUAUGUGUGUAUGUGUUUUUGUAUAUGUAUGUGUGUGUAUGCGUGUGUGUGUAUGUGUAUGUAUGUGUGUUUAUUUAUGUGUGUGCAUGUAUGUACAUGUGUGUUUAAAAUUGUGUGUGUAUGUGUUUGUAUGUAUGUGUGUGUGUGUGUGUGUAUGUAUGUAUGUGUUUAUGUGUGUUGUUCUAUGUAUGUUCAUGUGUAUGUAUGAAUGCAUAUAUGUAUGUGUGUGUGUCUGUUUGUGUGUAUGUGUGUUAGGGCUGCAACCAAUGAUUAUUUUGGUAGUUGACUAAUCUGAUGAUAAUUUUGUCAAUUAGCCGAUUAGUCAGCGAUUAUUUCCGCCAUGUUCUCCAUCUCUAAAAACAACAGAAAAACAGCUAAACACGAGAUUUAAAAGGCAUUUAAAUGUCCAGAUGUUUAAAUGUGUAAAGUACUGAUAUUUAGAGAGUAAAUCUUUAAUAUGUUGUGUUCAGGCACUUUUGGAGACACAGACUAAGUUGAGUGUAAACUGUAAAUGAAACAUUUACCCAUAUCCCAUUGUGCUUCUGUCCCCAGCACUUGGUGUAAUGCAGUACUGUUACAAAUUAACGAUUAGUGGACAAUUAAAUUUGUAGUCGACAAAUUUAAAGAAUCGACAUUUGAUUAUAUCGACUAAUUGUUGCAGCCCUAGCAUGUGUAUGUGUGUAUGUGUGUGUGUGAAUGUGUGUUCUCCAUGGAUCGCCACCUUGACGUUGGUGGAGAACCUUGUGUGUUCCAGUGAACCUGAGAGCGAUGCCGUCUGGAACUAAGGUUCCUGGUAGGGUCACCCAUGGCGGUAAACUCGAGGGGGAGGUUCCAGACAAAGUGCGAUCUCAUAUGUGCAUGUGUGUAUGUAUGUAUGUUUAUGUUUGUGUGUAAAUAUGUGUGUUUGUGUAUGUAUGUGCAUGUGUGUGUACGUAUAUGUGUGUGUGUUUGAAAUUGUGUGUGUAUGCAUGUGUGCUUGUACAACAUGUUUGUUAUAUGUAUGUGUGUCUGUGCAGGUGUGUUUUUUGUGUAUGUGUGUUUGUAUAUGUACAUGCAUGUGUUUGUAUGUAUGUAUUUGUGUGUUUGUAUGUGUGUAUUUGUGUCUAAGUGUGUGUGUGUGUGUUUUUGUAUCUAUAUGUGUAUGUGCAUGUGCGUGUGUGUGUGUAUGUGUGUAUGAAUGUGUGUUCUCCAUGGAUCGCCACCUUGCCGCUGGUGGAGAAUCUUGUGUGUUCCAGUGAACCUGAGAGCAAUGCCGUCUGGAACUUAGGUUCCUGGUAGGGUCACCCAUGGCGGUAAACUCGAGGGGGAGGUUCCAGACAAAGUGCGAUCUGAAGAAGGCUUCAGUGGAAGGCAGAGGAUGAUGGGUGCGUCACAAGGGCUGGAAAGGUGGAUGAAGGCUUCAACAGGAAUGGGUCUCCAGUCGUCUUGGUCUCCAUGCUACUGGGCCCUGACCCAAAUUAUUGAUGUGUUUGUGUUUGUAUGUACGUGUGUGUGUAUGUGCAUGUGUUUGUGUAUGUACAGCAGUAUGAAAAAGUUUGGGGACCCCUGAUUAUUUUCAUGUUUUUUUUUUUGGUUGUUGGGAUUAGCAAUUUCAGUUAAAUAGAUCAUAUAACGCAUAAGAUGAACACAGUGAUAUUUGAGAAGUGAAAUGAAGUUUACAGGAUUAACUGAAAGUGUGCAAUAAUUAUUUAAACAAAAUUAGGCAGGUGCAUAAAUUUGGGCCCCCUUGUUGUUUUAUUGAUUUGAAUACCUUUAGCACAGGGGUGUCCAAACUUUUUUUGUUGGGGGCCAGAAGGAGAAAUAUAUUUGAAGUCAUGGGCCACACACUGUAAUAAAACAAAUAAUGAAAUAUACCACUUUAAAUAAUGCUUUUUUUAAAUAACACCCUCUCCGCUUUUAGACUCUUUUGCCCCGUUUUUCAGCGCUAGCAAUGCGCACCCUCUCCGCUACUAGACUCUUUUGGACCGUUUUUCUGUGCUAGAAAUGCGCACUCUGUCCGCUUUUAGACUCUUUUGCCCCGUUUUUCUGAGCUAGAAAUGCGCAGAUUAUAAAAACCUGCUUAACAGCGGGCCAGGUCUCAUUCUAUUUCUAAAAUACCUCGCAGGCCACUCCAAAACAGGAAAUGGGCCUCAUAUGGCCCGCGGGCCGUAGUUUGGACACCCCUGCUUUAGCAGUAAUUAUUGGAACACAGAAUUUGUUUGAAAAGCUCAUUGACCUAAUCUCUCUCUCUCUCUCAUAUGGCAACUUUGUACAGAGAGCAUACUUAGCUUUUGUAUGAUUUCAGCAAUAAAUAUCAGUAAAUGAAUGCAUAAAAUAUAUAACUAAUAACAUUUUAAUGCCAGUUUGAAAAUAAGACUUCUCUUGGGAGACUAGUGCUGCAGUUCAGGCAAAUCCCAGGAAAGCAGACAGAGAAGAUUAAUGAUUUUUUUUUUCUAAAGUCCAAAAAUUAAAUGUGUGUAGUUUAAUGUAUUAAAGGUGCCAGAGGUUUGUUUAUGACUAACCAAUCUGGUUAGUUUCCUAACCAUAACUUGUCAAUUGUGGAGAUGAAUCCAGUGACAUAAGUGCUACACACUGGUUUAGGUUGUUGGCUGGUGUGGCCAUGCUUCACCACCAUGAUACAGUGCUAAAGAACCAGAUACUGUAGCAAUUCAGCAGCUCUAAAUCUACAAUGCAAACCUGACAUACAUAAUGCCCUUACAUUAGAUAAGAAAAUAUACAUUUCAUCCAGUCCUUCAGGAUGU